AUGGCCCUGCGGGACGCGCUGCUGUCGGCGGCGCAGACGCCGCACCGGCUCCGUCGGCGGGCGCUGGUGACGCCGACGCCGGCGCAGGAGCUGAACGAGGUGCGCGACCGCUCCGGCCCGCGCAUGGCGCGCCGGCUCGAGUGGUACGACCUCGUCGGGAUCGGCGUCGGCGGGAUGCUGGGCGCCGGCGUCUUCGUCACCACCGGCAGGGUCGCGCGCGACACCGCGGGGCCCGCCGUUUUCGCUUCCUACGCCGUCGCCGGCGUCUCCGCGCUGCUCUCCUCCUUCUGCUACGCCGAGUUCGCCGCCCGCGUCCCCGUCGCCGGCGGCGCCUUCAGCUACCUCAGAGUAACCUUCGGUGAGUUCGUGGGGUUCUUCGGGGGAGCCAACAUCCUGAUGGAGUACGUGCUGUCGAACGCGGCGGUGGCCAGGAGCUUCACGGACUACCUGGCGUCGACGUGCGGCGUCACGGAGCCCAACGCGUGGAGGAUCCAGGUGGCCGGCAUCGCCGAGGGUUACAAUGCGCUCGACUUCCCCGCCGUCGCGCUCAUCCUCCUCCUCACCAUUUGCCUCUGCUACAGCACCAAGGAGAGCUCGAUGCUGAACAUGGUGCUGACGGGGUUCCACCUGCUCUUCUUCGGCUUCAUCGUCGUGGCCGGCUUCUGGAACGGCAAAGCGCGGAACCUCGUGAGGCCGCACGGGCUGGCGCCCUACGGCGUCGGGGGAGUGCUCGACGGCGCGGCCGUCGUCUACUUCAGCUACAUCGGCUACGACUCGGCGUCCACCAUGGCCGAGGAGAUCCGGGACCCCGCGUGCGCGCUCCCCGUCGGCAUCGCCGGCUCCGUGCUCCUCGUCUCCGCUCUCUACUGCCUCAUGUCCCUCGCCCUCUGCACCAUGCUUCCCUACACCGAGAUAGCGGAGAGCGCGCCGUUCUCGUCGGCGUUCAGGGAGAAGGUGGGGUGGAAGUGGGCGAGCGGCGUGGUCGGGGCAGGGGCGAGCAUCGGCAUCGUGGCGUCGCUGCUGGUGGCGAUGCUGGGGCAGGCGAGGUACCUGUGCGUCAUCGCCAGGGCGCGGCUUGUGCCGGCGUGUCUGGCCAAGGUCCACCCUUCCACCGGCACUCCUAUGAAUGCCACCGUCUUUCUAGGAUUCUGCACAGCGUCAAUCGCACUUUUCACCGAGCUGCAGAUAGUGUUUGAGAUGAUAUCAAUCGGAACCCUCCUGGCCUUCUACCUGGUGGCCAACGCACUCAUCUAUCACCGGUACGUGAAGCUCGGCACGAACCGGCCGCUCUAUGUACUCAUCUUCCUACUGCUCCUGACGCUGAGCUCACUCGGCUUCUCCCUCUCGAGGAGGAUCGACGGGCGAUGGCGAUGGGGGAUGGCAUUGUUCGGCGCCAUCUGUGUGGCAGUCACCGUGAUCUUCCACUAUACAACACAACAAGACGUGGCCGGGCCAUCGUCGGAGUCGUGGACUGUCCCUUUGAUGCCAUGGCCGGCUGCCGCAUCGGUUUUCCUGAAUGUGUUCCUGAUGACCACCCUCAAGUUGAGGUCCUUUCAGAGGUUUGGCAUCUGGAGCCUUGUGAUCACGAUCUUCUACGUGUGCUACGGGGUGCACUCCACAUACGCUGCAGAAGAAAAUGAGAUUGGUAAUGCAAUGAUUCACCAUGCUGAUAUGGACAUAUCUUAGCAACAGCGGCAUAAUAAUAAUUUGACAUACGACUUACUUGAGAGCUUGCCAGCUCAGCAAUUAGGCCGCCUUGGAAAUGUUCUUUAACCUAAGGAGGAUGUGGGCAAAAGAGAGUCUGCUUUUGCUUUAGGUUAAUCCCUUCUUUUUCCUGCUUUUGUGCUUGCUCAUUCACUAGGAAGAACAUUUACUCCGCAAU